UGGCGGAAUGUGCAAUCCCAAUCAGUCGUGUACAAUCAUUCAAGACGACGGUAUCCGCCUUGCCUACACAAUCGCUCACGAGAUCGGACACACUCUGGGAAUGAUUCACGACGAAGAUGCGGGAUGUCGCUACAAACGAAGAAGACGGAAUCUGAUGACGUCAUCGUUGUCGACAUCGAUGGGUGCCUUGAGUUGGUCACCGUGUAGUGAGAGAGCGUUGUCGACGUUUGUUCGAUCGGAUAAGGCAUCUUGCCUGUACAACAAACCAGUCAAAUUGGGAGUGGUUCGACCGUCGGUAUCUGCGCAGUCUCUUCUAUACAUGUGUCAAGGUGUAGGCGGAUCACGUGCUCGAGUCUGUAAUACUCAAGCCGCUAAGAAAAACGAUAGCGUGUGUUCGGGUGUUUGGUGCAAAAUUUCGGACAAUGACCCGUGUGUAUACGUCCCGGGCUCGAGGCUCGACCGUGUCUCUUGCGGGCAUCAGCAGGUUUGUAUGAACUCUGAGUGUGUAGUGGGAGGAUGGAGUGCGUGGACAGGUUACAGUCUCUGCUCUUCCUCGUGUGGUCAAGGCGUACAAUAUCGAGAGAGGCAUUGCUUAGGAGACAACCAUGCUUGCAUUGGAAGCAGUAGACAGUACCAGUUAUGCCACACCCAGCUGUGUCCUUUGGGUUCAGAAGACGCCAGAACUUCUAGGUGUGCUUCAUUCAACGACAAACUGUUUAGAGAUGGCAGAUACUACAACUGGAUUCCUUACAUAAGCCAAGAUUCCACCACUGAAUGUCGGCUGACUUGCAAACCGGACAUGGCGAGGUUCUACGCACUACUGGGGCCUUCGGUACCAGACGGUACCUCAUGCGCUAGCAAAGAGAACGGUGUCUGUGUUGGCGGAACGUGUCGGAUGGUGGGCUGCGAUAACGUGUUGGAAUCUCCUGCUUUGAGAGAUAGAUGUGGAGUGUGUGUAGGAGACGGCACGUCCUGCUCAAUAAUCGCGUCCACGUUUAGGCGCAAUAACCUAACAUAUUACGGAUAUCACAAAGUCAUUCGUUUGCCGGUGGGGUCGAUGAGGAUAAACGUGACCGAGAUGUCCGACUCACACAAUUAUCUUGCCGUACGGAGCGGCCAAAACAGCGCGCACUACUACAUCAACGGGGACUGGACUAUUUCACAGCCGGGUGUCUAUCCGGCUGCCGGUACCGUCAUCAUGUACCGGAGAUUCGAAAAGUCGUCGGAAAUGUUGUGGAUUACCGGACCCAUCAAAGAAGAUCUUGUCAUAAUGGUUCUCAGUCAGAGUAGACACGCUAAUGUUUCUUACCAAUACCAGAUCAAUAAGAAUGCGUCGUCGUUUCAGUCUCGUUUGGCUGGCGAUCGCUUCAGGUGGCGUUACACCCGGUGGAGCAACUGCUCGCAACAGUGCGCCGGAGGCGUACAGACGCGUCAGCUCGUGUGUCACGAUACGAAAACCGGCAACGACGUUCAGCUGCGGCGCUGUAUGCUUCCACCCGUCACGUUGGUCUUAUCCAGACCAUGUAACGUACAACCGUGCUCUCCUAGAUGGACAGUUGGUCCUUGGAGUCCAGGAAGUUGCUCGGUGACGUGCGGUGGUGGACUUAGGAGGCGACAAGUGCAGUGUGCCAUUCAGGUCGCUCCGAAAGAGUUUCAACAUGUCAAGAAUCGACUGUGCGAUAGACAACGCAAACCGUCGAAUAAGGAGACAUGCAAUGCUCGUCCGUGCCCAUUGGGAUCCUGGUUGGUGGCAGGAGUGUGGAGCCCGUGCUCUGUGAGUUGUGGCGAAGGUCAACAAAACAGAGAAAUUUUGUGCAAAGCAACGUACAGCCGCGCCACGUUGCCGUUCAGCGAAUGCGAUCUCCCGUCUCGACCGGUCGAAACGAUGUCAUGCACGAUGCCCGGAUGUCCGGCUGCUUCCUCUACUUGCAAGGAUAUCGUGCCAGCGUGCAAAAGGCUGAAGACUGACAUGUGCAAGAGGCAGGCAUACUAUCAACGUAUGUGCUGCGAUUCCUGCAGAAAGUUUGCCGAGUCGUUGUCUAGACGUGCAACAUAAGGCUAACCAUCUUCUCGACAUCCGUUUUGUAUACGUUUGUUCCAAAGUAUUUUAGUUUAUGCAUAGCUGUUAUAUAAACGAAUACUCUCGAUAUAUAGUGUAGUGACUGGGUGAAGGGCAACUCUUCUUGCAGUCUAAUAAUGCCGUAGCACGGAUCAAUUAACACGUGUGUUCUAGCUAGACGGUAGACGUGAUAGGU